CGUGGCAAACCCGUAAAUUACGGAUCUUACGAGGCGUUGAUGCCGACCACUCCGACCCCGACUUCGUCUGGGCUUAGGAUUUCAAAAUCUGGAAGCAGAUCUGCUAAGCAGAAAACCUGUGCAAUUUGUUUGGGCGUCAUGAAAGCAGGCCAGGGACAUGCUCUCUUCACUGCUGAGUGCUCACACACCUUCCACUUCCACUGCAUUACCUCAAAUGUAAAGCAUGGCAACCGAGUCUGCCCCAUUUGCAGAGCUAAAUGGAAGGAAGUACCUCUUCAAGGUCCUCAAAUCCCAGAGGUUCCACAUGGAAGAUCCAGAGUCAACCCAGUUAGUUGGACCCAGGAUGAUGGAUACAUGAAUCUCCUUCGUCGUGUCCCUCGAUCUGUCUCUUCAAAUCGACAGCAUCAGCUGUCACACAUCUUCAAUGCAUCAGAACCAAGUACUUUCGAUGACGACGAGCCUGUGGACUUGCAAACUGAGACUGUUAGAGAUAGUACCCAACAAAGAUUCGUCAAAACACUUGAAAUCAAGAUGAUUCCAGAAUUCUCAGCCAUUCCUAAAUCUGCUUGUACAGAUAACUUCAGCGUGCUUGUCCACCUGAAGGCCCCACAAGCUGGCACUGAGACUAUCUCUAGCAGAACUCUGCAUUCAAAUAAUACAAGCUCACGUGCUCCUGUAGAUCUGAUCACUGUUCUUGAUAUUAGCGGCAGUAUGGCUGGUACCAAGCUUGCUCUUCUGAAGCGAGCAAUGGGUUUUGUUAUCCAAAACCUUGGGCCGUCUGAUCGGCUUUCAGUUAUUGCCUUCUCAUCAACUGCACGCCGGCUCUUCCAUCUCCGUAGGAUGUCUGAAGCUGGUCGGCAGCAAGCCUUGCAAGCAGUCAAUUCGUUGGUAGCCAGCGGUGGUACCAACAUCGCCGAGGGCCUCAGAAAGGGUGCAAGGGUGAUUGAGGAGAGAAAAGUUAAGAAUCCAGUAUGCAGCAUAAUCCUUCUCUCUGAUGGGCAGGACACAUACACUGUCUCAUCCAGCAAUGGUGGAGCUCACGGCUCAACACCAGACUAUAGUUCUCUUGUGCCACCAUCGAUCCAAAGUGGCAGCAGCACUGGCCAUCACAUACCAGUUCAUUCUUUUGGUUUUGGUGCAGAUCAUGACUCUGUUUCUAUGCAUUCGAUCUCUGAGUCUUCUGGUGGGACCUUUUCCUUCAUCGAGGCUGAGGGUGUUAUCCAGGAUGCCUUUGCACAGUGCAUCGGUGGCCUCCUCAGUGUUGUGGUGCAAGAACUUGAGGUCAAUGUCGAGUCUGUGCUUCCUGGAGUCCAAAUUGCCCCCAUCAAAUCAGGCAGUUACGCUAGUCAAGUCGCAGAGAAUGGGCGUUCAGGGUCGAUCAAUGUGGGAGAUUUGUAUGCUGAUGAAGAUAGAGAUUUCUUAGUCUCUGUCAAUGUCCCGUCUGUUUCCACCGAGGAUGUUGUGUUGCUGAAGGUAAAUUGUGCGUAUAAAGACCCGAUUUCAAAAGAAACAGUUUGUGUGGAAGGCGAAGAGCUAAGAAUCCAAAGGCCAGAGAUUGUCAGAACAAUAACUAUGUCUAUUGAGGUGGACAGGGAAAGAAAUAGAAUCAAGGCGGCAGAGGCCAUGGCUGAAGCAAGAGCUGCAGCUGAGCAGGGCUUGCUCUCCCAGGCAGUUUCAACACUAGAAUAUUGUAGGAGGAUACUGUCAGAGUCCUUGGCAGGAAAGUCUAAUGACCGCCUAUGUGUAGCUCUAGAUGCAGAGAUGAGAGAGAUGCAGGAGAGGAUGGCGAGCAGGCAAAGAUACGAAGCUUCUGGAAGAGCUUAUGUGCUUUCAGGGCUAAGCUCUCAUUCAUGGCAGAGAGCAACUGCUCGUGGGGAUUCAACGGACAGUGCGAGCCUUGUUCAUGCUUAUCAAACUCCAUCGAUACUGUCUCCUUCAGCGUUUAGGUCGCCCAAUCCAGUCCUAAGGCCAACUAAGUCGUUCUCUUCUCCGGUUGUGGAGCCGAGGUAA